AGCGCCGCCCCCAGGCCUCCCACUGCAGGCUCCCGUCGGCGGCGGCGCGGCAGCCCCGGGCCGUCCCGGAGCCGAACUGCUCGGAGCACAGUGGGGCCUCACUCCUGGCAACAUAUGCCAUCCUGAAUUCCUCCCUCUAGUUCCGCGGGCAGAGAAACGUGGCCGGAAGACGCGUCCUGCUCGGCUACGGCAGCUGCAGAGGGGCAUUAUUCCUUCGCGAAAGGGCCUCCUGCCUCCGCGUACUCUUCCAGCCAGCCCAGGAACCAGAUGGUUCCUUUCCGACCUCCCGGCCCCGCCUCGACCCCUCGGGGCUGGUCCCGGUCCUGGUUCUUUGUAGCAUCUUGUCUGGGGCCGCGGGAGCCUUUUGGCCCGCCAAGCCCUGGAGGACCUAAAUGCAGGGCGUUUCCCUCUUUGGCUGACACUGGACUCCUUGUCUACAUCUAGCUUGGUACAGAGGGACAUCCAGACCCUGAAAAGUGUGGGCAGAUGGCCCUUCUUCAAACCAAUAAGGAUCUCAUUGCUACAGGAAUGAAGGAAUUUAACAUUCUGCUAAAUCAGCAGGUCUUCUCUGCUCCUGUUGUCCCUGAAGAAGACAUGGUGACUGUGGUGAAUGACUGGGUGAACUUCUACAUCAGCUAUUAUAGGAAGCAGAUGGUGGGGGAGCAGCAAGAGCAGGACAAGGCUGUGCAGGAGCUUCGGCAAGAGCUGAAUACUCUGUCUGCCUCUUUCCUGGACAAAUACAGGAACUUCCUGAAGUCCUUGUGAGCGCCCGAUCGCAGGCUGCCUUCCUCCUAGCCGGGAGACCCAGGCUUGUCUGAGACCCUUAAAUGCUGCCUCUGUGUCUUCAAGGCCUCAGGCUCUGCCCCUUCAUGGUGUUACUGCACUCUGACACCUCAAUAAAGACCAGUACUGGUUUUGGUGGUU